UAGGGAUUGAUAAUUUUAUUGAUUAAGUUAAUUUAUUGCGGUUUGUAUUCAAUUUUGAAUGAUGUACCAAGUGGAUUGGUAUCCCUUCAUUUGACAAAGUCUUAACCUCAAAAUUAUGGACGCUCUUACGUCAACGAUCAAGUAAAUAAAAGAUGGACGAUGGUACCCCCAAGAGGGGCCGCGGCCGGGGUCGCGGUGGUCGAGGCAGAGGUCGGGGAAGAGGCCGAGGUCGCGGACGUGGUAAAAAGGCCAUAAAAGUGAUAGAAAGCGAUGAAGAACUGGAUAAUUCCCAACUGCAAGAAUCGUCCGAAGAGGCACAACAAACUGAAAGUGAAUCUAACGAAAAUGUGGCACCUAAAAUUGAUUUGGAAGCUGACAUCUCCCAACUGGAAGCACCGACUUUUACAACAAUUAACAGAGGGCCACCAGAACCAAUGUUGCGGCUAGAUUGGUCACAUAAAGUGAAUUUGAUUGGCGAAAAAGUGCUCAAUCCCAUGAUUCAUUGCUGUGAUAAGUGUUUGAAGCCGAUUUUAAUCUAUGGACGAAUGAUUCCGUGCAAGCACGUCUUCUGUCUGUCAUGUGGCAAACAAGAGCAGAAGCAAUGCCCGCGCUGUUUGGAGAAAGUAUCCCGAGUGGAGCAAACAGGUUUAGGGACAGUUUUCAUGUGUACUCACGGAGGGACUCGUUACGGUUCCUCUGGCUGCCGCCGUACUUACUUAUCACACCGUGAUCUCCAAGCCCACAUCAACCACCGCCACGUGUCCAACACCAUCCAGCCGAUGGAAGUUGUUCCCGUCGAACCAGAACGAGUGUCAGUCCGCGCUAAAACGAACGAUCCCAGAUCGAACAUUUCAAUAUCAUCAAAUGUGAGACAGCGCCCAACUCCGAUACAAAGUUCCGGAGUUCGGACUAAUUUGAUCACGGUGCCAAUUCAGGAUUCGGCACCGACAGUGCACGAGACUAGCGCUACGCAACAUAGUUAUUACAAUUAUCAACAGACUGCGACGUAUAAUCAGGGCUUGCCUCCAAUGCAUAUUCCGCCACCUCAGCAGCCACAGUAUUAUGCUGCGCCUCCGGCUUAUAGUCCGGCUCAGAGUUAUAGUUAUAGUGGCGGAGCGCCGGCUGCGGGACAGUAUGGGGGCCAGGGGGCGCAAGGGAGGGCCGCGCAGUAUGACUACAGCACGGCGCCUCCGCCACAAUGGACCACCGGUAGCCAGCAAUACUACAGAUGAAUAUUUUAAGUAGAAUCUAUUUAUGUCUAAGACUAAUUUUCUAGAUUUAUCUAUGUCUACAUUUAAGUUUUGUAAGCUAGUGACUAUCGGUUUAAUAAAUGUUUUCAAUACUGAA